AAAGAAAAAGAAAAUGGUGAGAGAGGGCAGAGUAGGAGAGAGAAAAAGCUGUAGUGUAAAUCUCUCCCUCUCUGUUUCUCUAUGCAGUCUCUGGGUUCUCUCUCUGAUAUAUCUUUCUCUAUAAAUAUCAAACCAAACAUUCAUUUGCUCGAACAAAUCGGUGCUUUGUUAAUCAUUUUGGCGUUUGCUAGUAACGAUUCAGAGCUUUCUCUCUGGUUAGAGACGCGUCGUUUUCUCAUAGCAAACUUCAAUGGAUACUUAUCCUUUGCACAUGGCCAUGGCCGCUUUGAUAGGGGCUUCCGUCGUUGCUGUUUCGGCUUAUUAUAUGCACCGGAAAACCCUAACUCAGCUGCUGGAGUUUGCCAAGACCGUGGAGAGAGAAAGGGAGCGGGACGAUAGUUUGGAGGUUGAGUCGCCGAGGCAUUCCAAGAAGCAGCGUGGAAACCAUGUGCGGCGUAAAGGAAAUGGUUAUAAUCGGAGGGGUUCCUCUUCGUUGCCGGAUGUUACUGCUAUUUCCGGUGGGGCUGAUGGCGACGAGAAGCGAAAUGGACAAGUACUGCUGGACGUGAUUCCGGCUGGGCUCCCGAGGUUACAUACACUUCCUGAAGGGAAAAAUUCUACCAAGAGAUCAAUUAGGCCUACUUCACCGAAGUCCCCCAUUGCAAGUACGAGUGCCUUCGAGAGUGUUGAAGGGUCGGAUGACGAAGAUGAUAAUUUAACUGAGGAUACUAAAUUAAGUUCGGGAUAUCUGCUUACUAAUGGAAAUGCAGGUCCAGAAUGUAAGGGUAUGUUUGAAAAUCUUCCCGAUCACAUUAAUGCCAAUGGAGAGCAGAUUGCUUUGGCUGCUUCAAGUAUGAUCCGAUCUCAUAGUAUAUCUGGUGAUCUGCAUGGUGUUCAGCCUGAUCCAAUCACAGCCGAUAUUUUGAGGAAAGAGCCUGAACAAGAAACUUUUGUUCGGCUCAAAAUCACCCCAUCUGAGGUACCGUUACCUGAUGAAGUAGAAUCAUAUCUGGUUCUUCAAGAAUGCCUUGAGAUGCGGAAAAGAUAUGUAUUCAGCGAAGCUGUUGCUCCAUGGGAGAAAGAAAUCAUAUCUGACCCCAGUACACCAAAACCUAAUCCAGAUCCGUUUCAAUACACUUCUGAGGGCAAGUCUGAUCAUCAUUUUGAGAUGCAAGAUGGGGUCAUUCACGUCUAUGCAGACAAAAAUUCAAAGGAAGAACUGUUUCCUGUUGCUGAUGCAACCACCUUUUUUACCGAUCUUCAUCACAUACUUAGAGUCACUGCAGCAGGAAACAUUAGAACUCUUUGCCACCAUCGACUGAAUCUUCUUGAACAGAAAUUCAAUCUUCAUCUGAUGCUUAAUGCGGACAAGGAAUUUCUGGCUCAGAAAAGUGCUCCACACCGUGACUUUUACAAUGUCAGGAAAGUGGAUACUCAUGUUCAUCACUCUGCGUGCAUGAACCAGAAACAUCUCUUGAGAUUUAUAAAGUCCAAAUUGAGAAAAGAGCCUGAUGAGGUUGUAAUAUUUCGGGAUGGUACAUAUUUGACCUUGAAAGAAGUUUUUGAGAGCUUGGACUUAUCCGGGUACGACUUAAAUGUUGACCUCUUGGAUGUUCAUGCUGACAAGAGCACAUUUCACCGCUUUGAUAAGUUCAAUCUUAAAUACAAUCCCUGUGGUCAAAGUAGACUCAGGGAGAUCUUCCUAAAGCUGGACAAUCUAAUUCAAGGCCGUUUCCUUGGUGAGCUGACCAAACAAGUAUUUUCUGAUCUUGCUGCAAGUAAAUAUCAGAUGGCUGAAUAUCGGAUAUCUAUAUAUGGAAGGAAGCAAAGUGAAUGGGAUCAACUUGCCAGCUGGAUAAUUAAUAAUGAUUUGUACAGUGAAAAUGUUGUAUGGUUGAUCCAGCUGCCACGACUUUACAAUGUGUAUAAGGAAAUGGGGAUUGUGACUUCGUUUCAAAACAUUCUUGAUAACAUCUUCCUUCCAUUGUUUGAGGUCACGGUGGAUCCAGAUUCACAUCCGCAGUUGCAUGUUUUCUUGAAACAGGUUGUUGGUUUGGAUUUGGUUGAUGAUGAAAGCAAACCUGAACGACGCCCUACCAAGCACAUGCCAACGCCUGCUCAGUGGACAAAUGUUUUCAAUCCCGCAUUCUCAUACUAUGUCUAUUACUGCUAUGCCAACCUCUACACACUAAACAAGCUUCGUGAAUCAAAGGGCAUGACCACUAUAAACCUUCGUCCACAUUCUGGGGAGGCUGGUGAUAUUGACCACCUUGCUGCAACUUUCCUAACUGCUCAUAGCAUUGCACAUGGAAUCAAUUUGAGAAAGUCUCCAGUGCUUCAGUAUUUAUAUUAUCUAGCACAGGUUGGUCUGGCUAUGUCUCCGCUUAGCAACAACUCCCUGUUUUUGGACUAUCACCGGAAUCCAUUUCCCAUGUUCUUUUCUCGUGGUCUAAAUGUCUCUCUUUCAACUGAUGAUCCUCUCCAAAUCCACUUAACAAAAGAACCUCUGGUUGAAGAAUAUAGCAUAGCUGCUUCAGUCUGGAAGCUGAGUUCUUGUGACCUAUGUGAAAUAGCACGCAAUUCUGUCUACCAAUCAGGUUUCUCUCAUGCUCUGAAGUCGCAUUGGAUUGGAAAAGAAUAUUACAAGAGAGGACCUGCAGGAAAUGAUAUUCACAGAACAAAUGUUCCACACAUUAGAGUCGAAUUCCGUGACACGAUCUGGAGAGAGGAAAUGCAGCUGGUUUACCUAGGGAAGGCCGACAUUUCUGACGAGAUCGAAAAGUGAUGAGCAGUGGAGGAACACCUCAGAAGACUGGAGCAUGUUAUAUUUUAGGUGGUAGUUUGAAGAUUCGAUUAUUUGGAUUAGUCAUUUGAUCGCCUCAACGAAGAAGUUGGGUUUCGAUAAAAUUCAUCUGGUUGCGCAUUGGAGGGAGAAUUCUGAAGUUGGGGAAGGGGAGUAUAUACAAAUUGCAAAUGGUAGCCUGAGGGGGUAUGUCUAGCCGAAGCUUUGAUAUGGGCAUAAUUUAACGUUGGUCGAAUGAAUAUAUAUAUAUAUAUAUAUAUAUAU